AUGUCCGAGGUGAUGAACACCACCCAAGACCCCUUCUACUUCAUUGUCACGGGCAUCCCUGGAUUUGAGGAGGCCUACCACAUCUGGAUCUCCAUCCCCUUCUGCUGUCUUUACACUAUCUCCAUCAUGGGACACACCAGCAUUCUCACUGUCAUCCAUACAGAGCCAUCCCUCAUCCAGCCCAUGUACCUGUUCCUCUCCACGCUGGCCCUCACUGACCUGGGUCUCACCCUCAGGACCCUGCCCACAGGCAUGCUCUGGUUUAACAUUCAGAAGAUCUGCUUCGAGGGCUGUUUUGCCCAAUUCCUCUUCCUCCAUGCAUUCUCCAUUAUGGAAUUUUCAGUCCUAUUGGCCAUGUCCUUUGACCACUAUGUGGCCAUCUGCUGCCCCCUUCGUUAUGCCACCAUCCUCACCAACAAUGCCGUUGGCAGGAUGGGACUAUCCAUCCUUUGCCGCUGUGUUCUGACUGUUCUUCCCUCCCUUUUCCUACUCAAGCACCUGCCCUUCUGCCACUCCCACCUUCUCUCUCACUCCUACUGCCUCCACCAGGAUAUAAUUCGCCUGGUCUGUGCUGACAUCCGAGUCAACAACUGGUAUGCUUUUGCUGUGGUCUUGCUCAUUAUUGUGAUGGACCCUCUGCUCAUCAUGCUCUCCUACACACUCAUCCUGAAAAGUAUCUUGGGCACAACCUCAUGGACUGAGCUACUUCAGGCCCUCAAUAAAUGUCUGUGCCACAUGCUGGCUCUUCUGGUCCUGUAUGUGUCCAUGGUGGGGGUAUCUAUGACUCAUCAAUUUGCAAAGUGUGCCUCUCCUCUGGUGCAUGUUAUCAUGGCCAAUAUUUACCUGUUGGUGCCUCCAGUUAAGACUAAGCGGAUCCACCAGGGAGUUUUUCACCUCAUUUCUCAAAGAAGCAUACAUUUAAGGUGA